CUUCCCAUCUCUCCAUUCAGAAAGCACUCACCUCCCAGUCUUCUGAGGUCCCCCUUGGUCAUGACUGGAUCUGUCUUCUCCUGGUACUACAUAGGAACUGGGAUUUUGAGGUACUGGUAGGAAGUCAGGAAUGUUUAUCACAAAUCUCAGUCAUGUGGUGUGACGUUGGGCCUUGGUUUCCCUGGCCACAAAAUCCAAGGCUUUGCUGCCUUCAGCUCUGUCUGUGGGAGGGAGCAACUCCUCUGGAAGUUCCCGAGGUUCUGAAAGAGCUAGGUCCACCAGGAACCCUGAGGAUCUCUGAUUUCCACCUGGAGUUCUCCUCCCUCCUUAGGGGUCUGAUAACCUGUGUGUCUUGAGGCAGUUCUAGAAUGUUCUUUCUUCUGUUCUUCUCCACAGGUGGACCACUUGUGGGCCUGCAUGGCUCCGUAGAGGAUGAAGCCCAACCCCACAGGCUCCUCCCCAGAGACCUGCAAAGCUGCAGGCCAGGGCGAGAAGACCUGCCCUGUCUGCCAGGCCAGGGGAGGGGUCUCAGGUCCAGCGCCUGGCAUAGGGUCUGGUUCAGGGCUUGGAGCAGGACCCAGUGCUGUUGUAGGGCCUGGACCAGGGCCUGGGGUGGUUCUAGGGCCUGGGCCAAGAGCUGGUGCUGCUCAAGGGCCCAGUGUGGUUCCAGGGCCUGGGCCGGGAGCUGGUGCUAUUCUGAGACCUGGCCCAGGAACUGGGUCAGGACCUGGGCCAGGAACUUCACCGUCACCAGGGACUGGGCCCCGACGGGGGUCAACAACCCCAGCACCAGCACCGCAGCCGAAGACUCAGUCCAAACCCACUCCGGCGCCCAGGCAGAAGGUUCUGGUGACAGGAGGAGGAGGCUACCUGGGCUUUAGCCUGGGUUCCAGCCUGGCUAAGAGUGGCACUUCUGUCAUCCUGCUUGAUCUACGCAGACCCCAGUGGGAACUGCCCCCAAGGACUGAGUUCAUCCAGGCUGAUGUCCGAGAUGAGGAAGCCCUGCACCGUGCCUUGGAAGGGGUGGACUGUGUCUUCCACGUGGCCUCCUAUGGCAUGUCUGGUGCUGAGAGGCUGCAAAAAGAACAGAUUGAAUCUAUAAAUGUCGGAGGCACCAAACUAGUGAUCGAUGUCUGUGUCCGCCGGAGGGUUCCGAGGCUCAUCUACACCAGCACCGUCAACGUGGCAUUUGGCGGGAAACCCAUAGAGCAGGGCCAUGAGGACUCGGUGCCAUACUUCCCCCUGGACCAGCACAUAGACCACUACUCCCGAACCAAAGCCAUCGCCGACCAGUUGACCCUCAUGGCCAACGGGACUCCUCUCCCAGGAGGGGGUAUUCUUCGGACCUGUGUGCUGCGGCCCCCCGGGAUCUACGGCCCUGAAGAGCAGAGGCACCUACCCCGAGUGGCGGGCCACAUCAAGAGGAGGCUGUUGAUGUUCCGAUUUGGGGACCGCAGGACACGGAUGAACUGGGUCCACGUCCGCAAUCUGGUGCAGGCUCACGUGCUGGCAGCAGAGGCCCUCACGGCGGCCAAGGGCUACGUGGCUAGCGGGCAGGCCUACUACAUCAAUGACGGGGAGAGCGUCAACCUCUUUGAGUGGAUGGCACCCCUGUUUGAGAAGCUGGGGUACCACCAGCCAUGGAUCCAGUUGCCUACUUCCUGGGUUUACCUGGCAGCCACCGUGAUGGAGUUCCUGCACCUGAUCCUUCGGCCCAUCUGCAGUGUCCCCCCUCUGCUCACUCGCAGUGAGGUGCUCAGCGUGGCAGUGACGCACACCUUCCAGAUCGCCAAGGCCCGUGCUCAGUUGGGCUACUCUCCCGACAAGUUCAGCUUCGCCGACGCGGUGGAGCGCUACGUGCAGUCCACGACCCGGCAGCCCAGCGGCUCCACAACGCGGACGCUCCUGCGGCUGCUGCUCGGGCUGCUGCUUCUCCUGGGCCUGCUGGGCCUCGCCCUGCAUUUCCUAGGCCCGCAGCCCGUGCAGGCGGCGGGGAGGCGCCUCUGACCUCUCGCCACUCUGGAGCGCCUGCUCAGUUCUGUCUGCCGGGUUCUCGGUGCUAGUACCCUCCCCUCCUGGCCCUCGGGAUUUGGACCGGCCUUUGCGUUCUGACCCUGCCCCUUGGGCCUAGCCACGCCCCCAUCAGCCUUCCGGGUUGUACUCGCCCCGCCCUCCGUGUUUGGGCACGCCCCCGCUCGGCCGCCCGCGCCCUAGCCACGCCCUUGAUCCGCCUUCUGCGCCCUGGCCCCGCCUCUAGCUCCUCCCCCCGGCCUGGCCCAGUCUCUGAGAGUCCCAGCCUCAGCCUGCUCGGUCUUCCAGGCCUUCCCGGCCUUCCCACGCCUGCCCAGUCCCGGCCCACCCCCCUGGACACUUCCCUGCUCUGGCUCUGCCCACUUUCUGGCCUCACUCCUUCAUUUGAGCCCAUCUUUUGGUUUCUCCUUCUGGGACUGGAUUGGCUCCCUCCUCCUGUGUCCAUUCCUUCCCUGGCCCCGCCCACUCUCUCUGGCUCCACCCCUUCCAGCCCCGCCUCCCGGACAGGGGUCUGAGGGCCAGUACCCCUGGGUGGCGUCUGUGGAGUUUGCGUUUCCUGCAGCCAUUUCCCGGGUUAGCGGAUCGUCCACCCCUCUGGGGCUUCUUUGGGCAUCUUCAUCGAUAUCGUUUCGGAAUCUUGGGUUAAACCCAUUUUAGUAACUUUGCGUUUGAUCCCCUCCACUCAAAAGUCGUGGUUCUCCCAUUCACACAAACGAGCUGGAGCUUGGAGGGACCUAGAGACCCAGGCAGGCUUCUUUCUGCCCAGCCCAACUUGGCUUCUGGGGGUUCCCGGUUUAUGAUUCUGGAGAUGAUUCAGCAUGGUAAACACAAGUUUCAAUUCCAGAUCGGGCAGGAUAAAAGAAACUUUGUCAAGUAUUGGAUGUCUCCAAAAAGUACCAAUAUAGUUAUAAUGGGGAAAGCAGAGUUUAAUUGGUCAUAUUUUACGACUUAUUAUUGUCCCUAUUUGUUAAUGAGGGGUAGUGGUGAUGGAUCACUGUCAUCUUUAAAGGUUAUGACCACAGAAUUUAUUAAUCCAACCCUGCUCCCCAUAGAAAUUGCACCUCUUAUCAUGUUGAUAUCAACUGUGGAUACCAAGAUUUCAGUGUAUAAUAGAUCCAUGUAUAUAUGUAUAUCAUAAUGUGCAGACUUGGAAUUGACUGAGCAAACGCCAGUCCAAAUGGAUCGUGGCAGAAGAGAAAGCCAUCACGAGUCUGUGGUGGAAGGGAAGGAAUGUGCUAAUCAACUAUAGCAGUCAUACCAACUAUGGCAGUCACCCAUCAUCUCAGAAUGUGACUCUGAUGAACAAGGAAGACAGUGUGUGAAGGAGCUUAAAAUGGCAUGCUGGUCUUCUAGGUGGCAUUGCAUGUGUGUAUAUAAUGUUUUAAAGAUCAAUAAUGAUCCUUUUCGACUGUUAAAUGCUUGACAGCUUGCAAGGAUUUUCAUCUAUAUGAUCUUAUUUAAAUGUUAUGGCCACCCUUAUAAUACAGUUUACUAUUGUUGACAUUUUA